AUGAAGCGCACCCGGAACCCCGAGAGCAACGAGGAGCUUGAUGAAACGAGAACCAAACAGUCCACAUCCAUUCUUUCCAGCUUAAUUGCACCAGUCUCUCCUCCACGACGAAAAUCCACAUUCAAUGGAAAUAGAGAGCCCAAUCGAGCGUUGCCAUCAGGAGCAAUAAACCUGGAGAACACACCGAGUCUUGCCGCCAUCGAAGCUGGCCAGGUUGAAGUUACCGACCAUCUGAGCAUCGUCUCCACAAAACUCCGCCAGUACAUGCGCUUCCAUUCAUAUCCACAGCCAACGCCUCGAAUCCCCAUCGAGCAAUGGGUGGAACUAUAUCGGCGCAAUGAACAUCCCGAGGGACGUCAUUUCGUCAUCCAUCAGCAUGACCACCCCCUGGCCGGCCCUCACUACGAUCUCCGGUUGCAGUUCUCCGAGUCCAGCUCUGUGAGCUGGUCGGUCAUGUAUGGGCUUCCAGGGGACCCGAAUAGUCACAAGCUCAACCGCAAUGCUACCGAGACUCGGGUUCACUGUUUAUGGGUAAGCAGAGUGUCGGGACAUUCUUUUGUGUCAAAUGUUUACGCCAACUACCAGAACCAUCUCAUUGAGACGGCUUCUUCCAAAACGGGAAGCAUGAUUAUCUGGGAUACGGGAGAAUAUGAGAUUUUGCCGUAUGAGCUUGACCAGUCUCUGCCGGAGACCGACGAUUCUCGGUCAGAGGUAUCUGAUGAGCCUGCUUCACCGAUUGAACAAAUCUCGGACAGUGCGAGACUCCGGGAAGCCUUUCGAAAUCGCAAAAUCCGACUCCGAUUGCAUGGGACGCGUCUGCCCCAGAAUUAUACGCUUGUUCUUCGCAUGGAUAAAUCUAUGGAUUUUGCGAAGCCUCUGCGGGAUGGUCCCAAACGGCGUAGGCGUCUGCGACCACAACAGACGGCAACACAGACACCGUCCACAUCGGACUCGGAAUCACCAUCAUUGUCUGAUCAACCAGCUCUGCGGCCGUCUUUAAAUCCAACAGAAGUCGACAAGUCGACUGCAGGACUGAAAUCCGAGUCUGAGCAAGGUACUCAUUCGGACGACAUUGACCAGCAAAUCCAAAAGAACAAUGCUUACCCAGGUUCCUCGAAUACAAUCGGCUCCAUCCAUCAGCGACGAUGGUAUCUCAGCCUGGACCGGCUAAACUCGGGAUUCGAGAUGUCGAGUGACGCAAGAAAUGACGGUCAGAGGUCGAAGAAGCGGUGGACACGAACAUCCGACGGCGAUCAGGGACUACUCGGGUUCAAACCGUUCCACGUUCUCGGACCCGAAUCGGAGCGGAGCAUAGUGACGGGACGCCGGGGCGUAGAUGUUUUGAACGAUGAGGGCGUUCGAGACUUUGUGCCUCGACGAGGGUGGAGGCCGGUCCUGCGUUAG